AUGGCGGCUUUCGCAGGGCUAUCUGCUGCUCAUGCAAUUCUUCUGGCAACGCAUUGGUGUGCCACGGGGAAUGCCUCCCAUCUCCCGCAUCUCCAGGCUCGAUUCCCUGUCGGUCUACCUCCCGAACGACUGUUGCGCAUCAUAUUGACCUUCCUUCCCGAGAGCACGGAACCGCAGUCCUACUCAUCUGUGGUCCAGGAGAUUGUGGACGGGGGAUCUUCUCACUGGGAUAGCGAGGAGAUUGAUAUCUCUCCUGUCAAAGACUUGACCGAGACAGUUGUGAGGAAACGCGUACGGAAACUCCGACUACUACCACUGAAGUAUCCCGACGACGAAGAUAGUCAGGAUCCCACCGACCUCCUAACCCAGUUCCUGAUUCACCGGGCGCACCGAAUUGACUCGGAGACCGCUCUUCAACCGCUGAUCCUCGAUCUUCUCCUGCCGUUCUACCAACGCUCCUCGCCCGUGCGAACAUGGCUCAUCUCUAGUUUACUACCACUGCUCCGUUUAAACUACGAGUACUACCCUAGUCAAGACGAUUCCUUUUCUCUCGACACGCUGGAGUCGAUGGACGAGCACACUGCCAUCAAUGUGCUUCUUUCUAUGACGGGUACUCAAAAAAACAACAUGGAUUUGGUGAACAACUUGCGUGGAUUGGUUGGUUCGUGGAUGUACGGCAGCAACCGCUCGAAAAGGCGUAGGCUUAGUCAAGCGGCCCGACAGAACUCGAUCGCACCCCCUCCGGGAGAACCAGAGUCACGAGCAGAAGAUGGGGCUGGAUGGCAAUUUGUGAAUGAAUGGCUGGUGUCGCGGAGCUUGGUGGAUCGCGAGAACGUCGUAAGCGCUUUCGUCAAUUGGAAUGGACCGGAAGAUGUGGACCUUGGAGGUUAUGACGAAGGGCAUGACAAACCACAGGACGAGGAGAUCACGGAUUUACGGCUUCGCUAUGGUCAGUCAGGACUCGCUGUUAUCUAUGCGAAUACCGACACCAGCGGGCUAUCCUUGGAGGGAUCCACUCAGAUCUUUAUUCGGACUUCGAAAUUGCUGGGCCAUGCCGAUUCUUCUUUCCUGUCACCCGACAGCACAGCACUUCCUUCGGUGAGGUUUGAUGCAAGUCAUAUCUCAUCGUCGUCGAGGGUGUCUCUUCUGCAGAACGCUUUGCUCUUGGCUUCGAAUCCGUUAACUUAUCCCUCGGCAUCUUCAAUCUCCUUCCUGAGUGCCAUUCUCCUGUCACUUCGGAUAUUGAACAAGCUGGGGCACGCGAUGCAGUGCAGGACAGCCGCAAACUUGUGCCUCCACAGCCACGAGGAUUUGCAAUUGAUUGAACUGCGAAACGCGAUCGUAUCCACUGUCAAGUACUCCAGGUCUGGUCGGGACUGGAGCAACAUCCGCCAUCAGUUACUCUGGCUUCGUGACUGGGGAACGGGUCAGGACGGGUUGGCCUGGCAUGGGAUUUUUUGGAGAGUUCCACGGGAUGUUUUCGAGGCAGAGAUAUUAAAAGCGUUGCUGGAGGCUAAAGAAUAUAACCUGGCCGUGGAAACAUAUAUCAAGUCGGAGCCAACUCUGAGCUCCUCUCAGGUAGAAGAGGCCGUCAAAGAGGCUAUAUUUGCAGCAUAUGACAAUGCCAGCAAUGGCAACCGAACGCGCGGCGGAAUGAAGAAGGCAUAUGACAUUCUGCAAGCAUUUCAGCCACACCUCCCCGACUCCGUCUCAUUCAAACAGAUCCAUGCCCUUAUCUCUGCCACGCAUUCUCUGUCGUUUUACUCCCUGACUCUGCAGCAUGGAGUCCCCUUUCAACCAGUCAGCAUCCGCGUGCACUCGGACCCUCUUUCGCUGAUCGAAAAAGUCCUCGAUCAGAACGCGAAGGCAUACACGAAACUGGACGACCUCCUAAGCAUUGGCCGCAAUGUCGUUGCAGCGGGGUUCUCGCCUCAACUGUCCGACAACGAAGGCGCCGUACCUGCCGAUCCAGAGAAUGCCAUCGUCACAGCUGAGCGACGCAUCAUUUCUCUGGCUAUUUCCUCAGCUCUCUCCGACGAUGACUUCGGCACCGCUUACUCCUACAUCCUCACUCGUCUCACCCCUCCAUCUCUCAUAUCCACUUCAUCCCCUGUCACCAACCCUACCAUAAAGGAUGAUAUCUCCUGGCGUGCCGUCUACAACGCCGGUCGCUACCGUUCGCAGACAACAUCUACCAGCUCUACCCUCCAGGCCCAAAUCACCCAACUCUCUCAACGCAUGGAACUUCUCUCCCUGGCUCUAGUCCUGGUUCCCUCGCCGGACCCCCUCCCUGAAAUCCUGGGCGCCUGGCGCCGCUGUGACGAGGAGAUGACCAGCUUACGUGCCCGAGAGUCCGAGGAGGAAGAAACCUGGGACGCCCAAGGCGACAGACUGUCCAUGGUCCCGGGCGGCUUCGGUCCCACGGACAGCGAACAAGACGCCUUUGAAACCAAACAGCACCAUGUCCGACGCGCCUGGGCGCAACACCAACAGAGCCGUCUCAAUCUCGAAGAAGCUCCCAUGGGUCUAUUCGAAGUAGCCCGCGGUGCAGCAUUAGCUCUUCACAAGAAUGCGUUUCCCCUGCGUGGUGCUGCCGUCACCUCCGUUGAUUCUGAUCCUCCCCCCACAGAGGGACAUCCCUCGUCUGAUGGACGUGAUUCCAACGAUACCGCAGAGGAGAGAAUCCGUAAACGAGAUGUCGUUAGUAAUAUGGUUACCGGUGGGUUGGCCAGUGGGAUUGGUUGGGUAUUAGGUGCUCAGCCUGUGAAUCGUUGA